UGUGAUCAAAAUUAUAAAAAUACAUCGAAAGAAGGCGGCCGUUAUUUGGGGAGGAAUGUUGAUAUGAGUAAUAGAAAAUAAAUUAAUUAUUGAUUCUAAAUAAUUGAUUUAUUAAGAUUUAAUAGAUUAACUCGUUUGAGUGGUAUUUAACUUGGUAGUAAAGACGUAAAAUAUGAAAACUGGAGGAGCAAACGUAGCCGCGGCACAUUCGGAAAAUUUGGAGCAAGACAAAUCUAAAAAAGCACUACAAACUCUUCAACCAGCAGCCAAGGACAAGGAGAACCUUGUUGGCAGACAACUGAGAUCCAGAACGCCUGCCCAAGGUCUUGUCAAGGAUGAGAUGUCAGCAAAAACUAAAAAAGAGGCUCCACAAAAAGACAAAAAAACAAAGAAAAUAACAUUUAAAGACAAAGGAUGCCAGACUACCAGAGGAAAUAAAAUUCAAAUUGAAGUCGAAGAUUUGACAUCUGAAGCUGGUCCAAGUGAAAAUUAUUGGGAAGUAUUAGCGGAGAGACGACGUAUUGCUUUAGAGGAUGCUUUAGAAGAGAAUCAAGAACUGACUCAACGUAUUGCUAAACUCGAAGAAGAGAAGAAAAUAUACAAAGAGAUGCUUGACGAAACUCGAGCACUUGUCGAAGUGCUUCAGGAAAUGGUUGGAGAAGAUCGUAGCGACAUAAAUAACUCGCUCGAAGACACUUUUUCAUAAAAAUAAUCAAACCUAAUUUAUUUUUCUAAAAAAAAUAAAUUUAAUAUAUUAAUGGUAAGACAGGAGUAUGUAUUUGAACACUUGACUGAUUUUAAGUUUAUUAUUAAUUGAAUUCCAAUACACCUGAGUAGUAAAUCAAACAUUAAUUAGUUAAUCACAAAUUACAAUAACGUUUUGUUUCUCUCUCUUUUUUAAUACCGUCAAGUCAUAAAACUUUUCUACUUUUAUAUUUAAAUAAUCAACACAAGUAAAGUUAUUAUCCAGUAACAAAUAUAAAAUAUAUAUAAAAUUAAAUAUUUAACGAAAUAAUAAUAA